CUGCUUUCUCCAGGGAGCCCUGUCUUGGAAGCUGUCAGUCCUUGGGGUCUUCCCAGGGCACUGGAGAGGAGUGAGGCCCACAAUGCCUGGCCUGCUGCUGCUCUUCACUGCUGCUCUGCUCUCCAGCUGGGUGCAGCUUCUUGCAGAAGCCAACUCCUGGUGGUCACUAGCUAUGAACCCGGUGCAGAGACCUGAGAUGUUCAUUAUUGGUGCACAGCCUGUAUGUAGUCAGCUUCCUGGACUCUCCCCUGGCCAGAGAAAGCUGUGCCAAUUAUACCAGGAGCACAUGGCCUACAUAGGGGAAGGAGCCAAGACGGGCAUCAAGGAGUGCCAGUAUCAAUUCCGGCAGAGGCGGUGGAACUGCAGUACUGUGGACAAUACUUCUGUCUUUGGGAGAGUCAUGCAAAUAGGUAGCCGAGAGGCCGCCUUCACCUACGCUGUGAGUGCCGCGGGGGUGGUCAAUGCCAUCAGCCGGGCUUGCCGCGAGGGGGAGCUUUCUACAUGUGGCUGUAGCAGGACAGCACGGCCCAAAGACCUUCCCCGGGACUGGCUGUGGGGUGGCUGUGGGGACAAUGUGGAGUAUGGCUACCGCUUUGCUAAGGAGUUUGUGGAUGCCCGGGAGCGGGAGAAGAACUUUGCCAAGGGAUCGGAGGAGCAGGGACGAGUGCUCAUGAACCUGCAGAACAAUGAGGCAGGCCGGCGGGCUGUGUAUAAGAUGGCAGACGUAGCCUGCAAAUGCCACGGUGUUUCAGGGUCCUGCAGCCUCAAGACCUGCUGGCUCCAGCUGGCCGAGUUCCGCAAGGUGGGGGACCAGCUGAAGGAGAAAUACGACAGUGCGGCCGCCAUGCGCAUCACCCGUAAAGGCAAGCUGGAGCUGGUUAACAGUCGUUUCAACCAGCCCACCCCGGAGGACCUGGUGUAUGUGGAUCCCAGCCCUGAUUACUGCCUACGCAACGAGACCACAGGCUCCCUGGGCACCCAGGGCCGCCUCUGCAACAAGACCUCGGAGGGCAUGGAUGGUUGUGAGCUCAUGUGCUGCGGCCGGGGCUACGACCAGUUUAAGAGCAUUCAGGUGGAGCGCUGUCACUGCAAGUUCCACUGGUGCUGCUUUGUGAAGUGUAAAAAGUGCACCGAGAUUGUUGACCAGUAUGUCUGCAAAUAGCCAGAGUGGACCCCACCCUCCCCAAGGGCCCUCUCCUCCACUCUGCCUCACAAAAGUCUAUAUUAUAUAAAUCUAUAUAAAUAUAUUUUAUAUUUGUAUACAUAAAUGGAUGGUAAAUAAUUAAAAGAAGAACAUGGAAAGGAAAAAUCUUAUUUAAGAGACGCUGGAGAUCUCUGAGUACUGGACUUGUCUGGUUCUCAACCCCCAGUGGGUGGGAGGAAGAAGGCUUCUUUCUCU